AUGGCUUUAGCUCAGUCCUUAGCUUCAUUAUCCUUAGCCGUAUCAGGCGAAAGUGCUAAUGCAUUGCCAACCAAGACAUUAGUAUUCAAGCCAAAGACUGCAAAAACAGCUACUCCUGUUCCAGUAUUGGUCUUUGCACUUCAGUCUACCGUCACACCCACUCCAACCAUUGCAAAGUCAGCCAAUGUCAAGGAACCUAGAUUGGCAAAGGACGAUUUGGUGCAAGAAUUCUUCAAAGUGUCUGCCAAAGAAGUGUCAAUCGCUAAUUUGUCUAAGGAUUUAGCGGGAAAGGUGAAAAUCGUACUUGAUGAUAACAUUGUUAAGACUGCAGAAAAAGAUGAGACUUUAAAGUUGACAACUGAAUCGGAAGCUGCCUGCUUGCCUGCCAAGGCCGUCUUGGAAUUUUUGAAAUCUACAGGAAUUGAGACUGUUGAAACCGAUUUUGCAGCUGAGCCUGUUGCAACUGUUCCAUCAAAGGACAAGAAGCCAGCACCUGCCAAGAAAGAUGAUGCAAAGAUUGAAGAUGCGAAAUUGAUUGGUAUCACCAUUGACAAGGAAAAGGAUUUCUCCAACUGGUACACUCAAGUUGUGGUAAAGAGUGAAAUGUUGGACUAUUACGACGUCUCUGGUUGUUACAUCCUUAGACCUAACUCAUAUGCAGUUUGGGAAACGAUCCAAGAUUGGUUCAACCAAAAGAUUAGAUCCUUGGGUGUUCAAAAUGCUUACUUUCCCAUGUUUGUCUCUCAAAGGGUCUUGGAGAAGGAGAAGGACCACAUUGAGGGUUUUGCUCCGGAAGUUGCUUGGGUUACCAAGGCUGGUAACUCUGAAUUGGACGAACACAUAGCUAUCAGACCAACAUCCGAGACUGUUAUGUAUCCAUACUAUGCCAAAUGGAUCAGGUCACACCGUGAUUUGCCAUUGAGAUUGAACCAAUGGAACUCUGUUGUUCGUUGGGAAUUUAAGCACCCACAACCAUUUUUAAGAACUAGAGAGUUCUUGUGGCAAGAGGGACACACUGCCCAUUUGACCAAGGAAUCAGCUGCCGAAGAAGUGUUGCAAAUUUUGGACUUUUAUGCUGGUAUAUAUGAAGAAUUGUUGGCUGUUCCUGUUGUCAAAGGUAAAAAGACAGAAAAUGAGAAGUUUGCUGGUGGUGACUACACAACCACAGUAGAGGGUUUCAUUGCUGCAACUGGUAGAGGUAUACAAGGUGGUACGUCGCACCAUUUGGGACAAAACUUUUCCAAGAUGUUCAACAUCUCUGUUGAGAACCCAGAUGGAGCUGAUAAGGAACGUUUGUAUGCUUAUCAAAACUCGUGGGGUUUGUCCACUAGAGUGAUUGGUGUGAUGGUCAUGACCCAUUCUGAUAAUAAAGGUUUGGUAUUGCCUCCAAGAGUAGCACAGACACAAGCCGUUGUUAUCCCAGUUGGGGUCACAGCAAAGACUAACGAAGACCAGAGGAAGCAAAUCAAUGGCGGUGCCGAAGAAAUUGAACAAAGGUUGAAAAAGGCUGGUAUUAGAGUUACCGGUGAUUACAGAGACUCUUACAAUCCAGGUUGGAAGUUUGCUGACUGGGAAUUGAAAGGUGUCCCACUUCGAUUAGAGUUUGGUCCAAAAGAUUUGGAGUCGAAACAAGUAACUGUUGUUAGAAGAAAUGACGGUGCAAAAUACACUGUCAAGUUAGACGAAUUGGAGAAGCGUAUUCCAGAAUUAUUAGAUGAAAUGCAAAAGGCAUUGUUAGAUAAAGCAAGGAAAGAUUUCGAUGAACAUAGAGUAUUGGUUGAAGAUUGGAAGGAUUUUGUCCCAACUUUGAACAAAAAGAAUGUCAUUUUGGCUCCAUGGUGUGGAGAUGCUGAUUGUGAGGAUGAUAUCAAAGAUGCUUCAGCCAAGAAUGAUGAUGGUGAAGAUGGUGAUGUAGAUGAAAAAGCCCCAUCAAUGGGAGCCAAGUCAUUAUGUAUUCCAUUCGAACAACCAGAUUUGAAGGCUGGCCAAAAAUGUGUCAAGUGUGAUAGAAAGGCUGUCACGUAUUGUAUGUUUGGUAGAUCUUAUUAG